AUGGAGAAUGAGACUGCUAACUUCAUAAAUAUUUCGAUCUCAGUCUUUGUCCCUACCUGCUAUUGCUAUACUGUUGGUCGGGUGGUUUCUAAAGGAGCUGCUAGAUUCCUAUGUUUGCUUCCGAUAGUUUUCCUCUUUUCGUAUCUUCCUCUCUAUUUUUUUUCCAUCUAUCUUUCGGGCCUUACAGCUUUUUUCAUUGCUUGGCUUGCAAAUUUCAAGAUCUUACUGUUCGCUUUUGGUGAGGGUCCUUUGUCUUCAGAUCCAUCAAUCUCUCUUGCAAGUUUUGUGUUUGUAGCUUGUUUUCCCAUCAGGAUCCAACAAAAGCCAUCUCCUAGGUCCCGUGACUCCCAUCUACAGGACAAAGAGCCUAAAGAUGGUAGAAAACAUAUGAAGUAUACAAUCAAGGUGUUGCUUUUCGCUAUAUUGGCUAAUGUUCCUGGGUAUAGGGAAUAUAUCCAUCCACAGAUCGUUUCCUUCCUCUACUUUCUCCUUUUAUAUGUUGAACUUGAAACACUAUUCGGUGUGGCCGCGGUUGCGGCUCAAGUUUUGAUAGGGCUAGAGCUUGAGCCACCAUUUAAUGAGCCAUACCUCUCAACCUCAUUACAAGAUUUCUGGGGUAGAAGAUGGAAUCUCAUUGUUUCAAGUAUUUUACGACCUGCCGUGUACAAACCAACACGCAAUCUUGCUUCACUAGUUGUUGGCAGAAAGUGGGCACUAAUUCCUGCCUUCAUGGGGACAUUUCUUGUGUCAGGACUCAUGCACGAGCUGAUCCUUUUCUACUAUGUGGAGUGUGAUCAGAGGUCCCCAUGGGAGCUCACAUGCUUCUUUCUCCUCCAUGGAGUGUGUCUAUUAACUGAGAUUGCUUUAAAGAAGCAAUUUGGUGGCCGAUGGCAAUUGCCACGGCUGGUAUCAGGGCCUCUGACAAUGGGAUUCGUGUUAUUUACCGGCUUUCAUCUGUUCUUGCCCUCGUUGGAUCGGUGUAAAGCUUUUGAAAAGGCGUAUGUGGAGCUGGCUGCAUUAAUGGCGUUCCUAGGGAAGGAGAGUCAAAGGCUUGCUGAUUAUUUGGUUCGUAUUCCCCAUUACAAUUGAGGAUUGAGUGUUCUACUCCUCCAUUAAUUGAUUGUACUGUAUUGACCGAAAAUUUUCAGAACCCUCUGAGAGUUGUAAUUGAUGAAAUUAGUACACAGGGGUACUCUUCAAUGUGUCUCGUUUCAGUGUACUCUUCUUUCUUGUCUUGCUUAUAUUUUUCAGAAGGGGAGGGGGGCGACAAUCUAUUUCAUUAGUCACUGAAGUGAGAAAAGAUGUUGAUGUUUAAAAUUGAUGAAUUUCCCAA